GUUGCACAAAGCUAUUUGAAAACCGUUAGAUUAGCAGACAAUAAAUCUAGAUAAGUGGCUAGAGAGGAUCCACUUCCUCUUGAUAGAACCAAAGGUUGCGAUUUAUGCAACAAAUAGUGACACCAUAUACAAUCUUUAUCCGCAAAAUACAGGUUAUUAUUCGGUUAAAAACCCAAUCAAUGUUCUUUCUCUUUUUCUCUUGGUCGUUGUUGUCUUAUGAAAAAUUUGUUUCUUUUUGUUCAUCACUCUCUUCGACACAAAUCAUUGCACAAUCUCAAACACACUAAACCAUUCUCCUCUGCAUCCAAAAAACCAAAAUGGAGCUCCCCAACCAACGUUAUAAUCACAAACCCAACCCUCGUAAUAAUGGAAUCAUGUUCAACUAUGCGACAACUGAAACAGAUUCAAGCACGCAUGACUAUCACCGGUCUCAUUUCCGACGCGUUUCCAAUCAGCAGAGUAAUCGCGUUCUGCGCACUCGCCGAUUCCGGAGAUAUUCGUUACGCUCAUACUCUUUUCAAUCGUGUCGAAGAACCCAACACGUUUAUGUGGAACACUAUGAUUAGAGGAUAUCAAAAUGCUCGAAUACCCAUCGUUGCGUUCUCAUUCUUUAUGUUUAUGAUUCGAGGAAGAGUUGAAAUGGAUUCUAGAAGCUUUGUUUUUGCGCUUAAGGCUUGUGAGCAAUUUGAAGAGGUUUUUGUAGGAGAAUCGGUGUAUUGUGUUGUUUGGAAAAUGGGGUUUGAUUCUCAGUUGCUUGUGCGAAAUGGGUUGAUUCAUUUUUACUCUGAAUAUGGUUUGUUGAAAUAUGCACGUCAAGUGUUUGAUGAAAGUUCUGAUAAGGAUGUUGUUACUUGGACUACUAUGAUUGAUGGGUAUGCGGCGCGUAAUUGUUCAGAUCAGGCUAUGGAGUUGUUCAAGUUGAUGUUGUUAGGUGAUGUUGAGCCUAAUGAGGUGACUUUGAUUGCCGUGCUUUCGGCUUGCUCUGAGAUGGGUGACCUUGAAACGGGGAAGAGAGUUUAUGAAAAAGUGGAAGAGAAGAAUGUGAGAUGCAGCUUGAGUUUGUACAAUGCCUUGUUGGACGUGUAUGUGAAAUGUGGUAGUUUGGUUGAUGCUAAAGAGCUUUUUGAUAGAAUGGAAACCAGAGAUGUUUACUCGUGGACUAGUAUGGUUAAUGGGUAUGCGAAAUGUGGUGACUUGGAAUCUGCUAGGAUGUUUUUUGAUCUAACUCCUCAGAAAAAUGUGGUUUCUUGGAAUGCAAUGAUUGCAGGUUAUUCUCAGAAUAACAAACCCAAGGAAUCGUUGAAAUUGUUUCAUGAAAUGAUUGGGGGAGGUCUGGUUCCCGUUGAGCAGACCUUAGUGAGUGCACUCUCUGCUUGUAGCCAGCUCACUUGCUUGAAUUUGGGUCAUUGGAUUCACCAACAUUUUGUUGUUGAGCAAAGAAUCCCCCUUAGUGUUACUCUUGCAAAUGCAAUUAUAGAUAUGUAUGCCAAAUGUGGAAGCAUAGAUGCAGCGGCAGAAGUUUUUAGUACAACGCCAGAGAGAAAUCUGAUUUCUUUGAAUUCCAUGAUUGCAGGGUAUGCUGCUAAUGGUAGAGCAGAGCAAGCCAUCAAUGUAUUUGAUCAGAUAAUAAAUAUGGGAUUUAAGCCGGAUAAUAUCACAUUUGUGAGUUUGUUGACAGCUUGCAGCCAUGGUGGUUUAAUUUCCGAAGGUCGAGAAUAUUUUGACAACAUGGAGAGAAACUAUGGGAUAAAACCCCAAAGAGGACAUUAUGCAUGUAUGGUUGAUCUACUAGGUCGAACUGGACUCGUGGAAGAAGCUUAUGAGUUAAUAACAAAUAUGCCAAUGCAACCUUGUGAGGCUGCUUGGGGAGCCCUUCUAAAUGCUUGUAGAAUGCAUGGCAAUGUCGAGCUUGCAAGAUUGUCGGCGCAAAAUCUUCUAAGCUUGGAUCCUGAAGACAGUGGAAUAUAUGUGCUUCUAGCAAAUACGUGUGCUAAUGAUAGAAAAUGGAGUGAUGUAAGGAGGGUAAGAAGUUUGAUGAGAGACAAGGGUGUGAAGAAGAUACCUGGUCAUAGCUUAAUAGAUAUAGAUGGCGAGUUUAUAGAAUUUUUGGUGGCUGAUGAAUCACACCCUCAAUCUGAGGAGAUUUACAAAGUACUGGAUGAAAUGCUUUUGUUGUCAAAAUUGGAAGAUAGUUGUGAGUUAUAGUCUUCAAUGGCAGAAGCAUAUUUCUCUCCAUGAUAUUCCCAAAACCUUGGCUUUGGCUUGUGAAAACUAUAUGAUCCUUGGGUUUCUACUUGUUGCAAAUGUAAAGCUUCUUUCUUAGGAACAAUAGCUUAAUUGGGAUUAUUUGCCUGGUGCAAAGUCAAUUUGCUUCAAAUGUUAACAGUUGCAUGGUACUUUUUUUAAAUUAGUAUUUCCGUAAACUUUAGGUAAGUGACUAAAUCCUAUAUUUAGUAGUGAUAAUUGUUCCUUUCUUGAACAUAUUUUGAAUAUAAAAUGUUAUAACAUUGACAUUAACAUGAAUAUAAAAUAGUCUUUAGUCGAUGAUUAUGAAAAAAAUAUUUGUUGGGAGAAGUCAACAACUCAAUGAACCUCUCAAAUAGAUCUGCAUCAAUUCAUCUCGCCCAAACAAGCUAAUGGGGUUAGACAUUAUGCUAAACAAAAAUAGGUUAGGGACAAUUAGGCAGUUAGUUAGGAAGAGGAUAGGUUAGCAGAAAUGUAUGUGCACUUGUGCUACUGCAUGAAACAAAUGGGAGGUUUAUGGAAAGUCAUAAAUGAGAAAUAACAUAGAUUGGCAUGAUAUGCUAUCGAGCUAAACGAUAAAUAUGUAUCUGCAUUUCACAUAUCACACAACUUUUGAAAUCCAUUUCAGGGGAAGGAAUAAAUUUGUAGUCCAUGUUUCCUUGUAAACAUUCCGUGAAGCUCGUUAUAAGAUGAUGGAUCAAAGCAAUGUUGUGAUGAAACUAAAUUAGGAAAGAGAACAAGGAGAAAACCGAUGAUGACAUGCUGUAAAUUCAACAAUGAAAGUUGAUUUCACCGAAUACUUUAGGAAGGGUAUGUUCCAGUGGUGUCUGCUACCAACUUUAUAUUGUUUUAUAGGGAAGGAAACCGUUUUUCGGAAGGAUAAUGAUUUUGAUGGUAGCUAUGCAUCGAUAAUCACUUGCCUUAUGAAGAUGCAUCAAUAAUCACUUGCCUUAUGAAGAUGCUUUGGCAAUCACUUGCAAGUAUGAACAAUUGUAACUGUGAGUUGUAAGCUACUAAAUAUUUUCACAAUAUGCAUGAAGAGAGGAGGUGGUAGACUGGUAGUACUGAACUCCAGAAAUAUUAUGUAACUUAGAAGUGUUUCUUAUUUCUUUCUUGCCUUUUGAAAUUAAAGUGGGGCGGCACCUAUUUUAAGUUA